GUCCACUUACGGUGCUUAGCUACGCUUUUUUCUGAGCCUCGAGAUGCGUACGUUUGGCGCUUAUGUCGUGUCGUUGUUCCACGUGUUCACUGUCACCAACACCGGUUCUUUUCUCAACCUACAGGGCAUCAACGAUUGUUUCGAGAGGGUGGCCAUUGGAAAACGUUUAAAUAGUUCAGAUGUGACUAAAACAAUAUCUACCACAAACAUAAAACAAUGCAGUAAUGAAUGCGAACGAAUGUUGUGCAACGCAUAUAGUUAUGGAUUAAACGGAAAUGGAAAUGGCACUUGUCUACUUGGUUUAGAUCUACCAAAAUCAGGACCGUACGACGAUCCAGAGUACGAUCUUUUCAUGAAAAUAUUGCAAUGUAGGGAUAGAACAACGUGUUUCAUUAAGCUUGUGGGAGGCCGUCGACUGACCGAUAAAUACAUUCAAAGAACUCUGCCAGCUGAUUCAAAAGGUGAUUGUGAACUAUAUUGUGAAUACGAAAAAGAAUUUCGUUGUGAAGGAUUUAACUUCAGAUACGACAUGAAGUUGGAUUCCUAUAGCAGUUGCCAACUAUCAUCCGUACCUUCCGACAAAUUAGACCUAUCCUCGGACUUCCAAUCGGACGUGGAAUAUGACUUUUUCGAAAAAAACGUAAAUGCUUCGCCUAGCUGUCGGUAUACGGAGCUGGCCAGUCCGUAUGGGCAAAGGCGUAAAUGGAGUGGGUCCGGACAGGACCUAUGGCAAGAUCUUAAUCCACAGUGGCAACAAGGCAACGAAGUGGGAUAUGGUGGUGCCGACAAAGUGUUCUAUGACCAGUUGAAACCAGGCGUGCAAGAACUUUUCAGUGGUGGAGGAGGUGGUGGUGGCGGCGGCGUGUCUUUAAUUAGACCAACCGACCUGUAUAACAAUGAUGUCCGGUUUCUGUUGAAUAAUAUACAACCGACGCUGACACCAACGGAAGUUAAUCGACUUCCGGCAUCGAUUAAUGAAUGUUUCAUAAAAGCCAGAACGGGACACCAUUUACAGCAAAACAAUAUUAUAAAAUCAACUAAUGCUCCGUCUCUUUACGGUUGUGAGACCAUGUGCGCUAAUGAACAGACAUUCACAUGCAAUGUAUUCAGUUACAGAUAUAGUUACACUUCUUCUAUGGAUAAUUGUCAUUUGGGCGAUAAAAUGCUUAGGCAAUUGGAUAUUUUCCAAGAUUUAGUCCCAGACAGGGAUUGUGACGUAUUUGCACGAAAUGAACUUAGCCAGCCUGGAUGUCAACCUGCAAAAAACUGGGACACUGAUUGUUUUGAACGAAUUCGGAGCGGUAUAACGUUGGAAGUUUCCAUAGUGAAAUUCUCAGUGCAGACGGAAAACUUGCAUGAGUGUGAACUCAUUUGCCUCCACGUAAAACACUUCACUUGCCGAGUAUUCAGCUUUCGCCGUGGACCACCUGUUACUGAUAAAUGGUCAGACAACUGUUACCUGACAGAUUACCCAGUACUCGACAUGGAUCCGGUUAAACAUUUUGUCGAAGAUUCCAAUUGUGAUGUCUACAACCGUGGUAGUUACGGACGCGGGUGUGAAUUGGACAAGGUCCUGCCUCAAUCCGGGUGGCCUUUGGUCCAUGGACAAGAUCUGACGCCCACCGUGCUCACCACGUACCGGCCACAGUAUGGUGUGCCUCCUCCGCUGAAUCCAUCAUCAUACGGUCCAAAGUAUGGUCCACCACCAUCACCCCCACUACAAUUCUUUCCCGUGAUACCAUCAGAGUCACCGUCACCAUCACCAUCGCCAUCGCCAUCACCACCACCGCAGUAUUAUCCUAUUGGUCCUAUUGGUCCUCAAUCGUCACCAUCACCACCACCUCAGUACUUUCCUCCACCAACAACUCUAUCACCGCCAUCCGGGUAUUACCCCGUCACGCCGACUGUCUUCCAUACAACCACAAGACCUACGGGUACUUAUGUGCCAUCCAUGCCACCAACCACAUUCUUCCAGAUGCCGGGAGAAUACACCCCUGUGUCUACCUGGCCAACCAACAGCAAGCCUGGAGUUCCGGGGGGUGUGUACAACUUGUUCAAUCUGUAUGGACAGAACCCUACCCAAGUGCCAACUGUCUACGGGAUGGCCAAAAAGUUGUGUUACAUUAAUUUUGGAGGUACUGCCAGACUAUUGCCCUCGGCCAUCAAAAAGUCUAUGACCGUCGAGUCAGAAUACCAAUGCAAAAUGGAGUGCAACAAAGCCAGGGAAAACCAAUAUUUUCGGUGUUCUACACUCAGCUACUUUGGAGGUUAUUGCGAGUUGAGUGACAUCGAGAUGAGAGAUUUAAAACCAAAUCAACAUUUUAGUCUAGACCAACAAUUCGUGUUGUACACAUGGGAUUUCAGUGAAGUCCAUUGCUUUACCUCUCCCGCAGCCAAAUACCCUACGGCCAAUGAAUUUCCGGGUGGAUUAGAGUGGACAUGGAUGAGAUUCACCGUAAAUGGACAACCGUGCAGACCUGGUUCGUACUGCACCGAAAAUGUCAACAUGGGAAUAUGGUCUUGCCCGGUUGAUCAAGGCGAUUGGGAUUACUGUUGUCGGCCUGAUCAUAAAUGUGGCUAUUCCGAAGGGGUCAGUUAUCCAUGGUGUCACGUGGGAAAAUCCAUGGAUCAGUGGCGACCGUGUAGCGAUAAAUACUUCCCUUCUACAGACGGGCCCCCGCAAACUUGGCCGAUGACGUACAUCCAUCACACGGGUCCACCAAUCGGUCAGACCCCUUCCAGUCCUCCGCCACACCACGGUGUCAAUAACAACAGCAACAAUCACAACGGACAAAACAACAUCACGCAAACUGAAGUAAAACACGAACAGUCGCUGGUAGAUAAAUUUUUGUCGAUAUUUACGUCAUCAUCGACGGAUGUCAGCAGUAAUGUAGUCUCGUCACCCGAACCUAUCGCCGAGGCCGCCACCGCUACAUUGAAAAUUGCCAAAAACGACCUUGAUCUGCUGCCUGGUUUCAGAGUGGUGGACGUCACUGACAAGCCCCAGUCAACUAGCGGACUGUACUCAUAUCACGAAAACAAUUACAACAGCAAUCGUCUCCGGAACAGAUUCUUAAUGAAAAGACCGUCCGUAUACGUUUAACGGCCACGUGAUAAUUGCAAUGAUUAUAUCUAUAGUGACCCGCUGUGAACGUCCGACUACCCGAGUCUUAAGCAACGGUCAUAAAGUCACAUCGAAUUGUACAUAAUUUAUAUUUAGUAUUAAAAUGACGAAUAUAAUACAUGCUGAUAAACGGAUAAGCCAUAUAGGUAGCCUCCACACGCAAGCGAUCUGCUGCAUUAUGUAAUGCGAAGAUUAUCGAGGCGUACUA